AAGAAAAAAAGAAGGCUCCGUCUUCGUUGCUUUUCGAGCGGUGGCUUGGUCUCAACUUCCAUGGCUGACAAUUUUCUCCAACCAACCAACGCAAAGCUUCUUCUCCUUGUCUAAAAUUUCAUCAAACCCUAGGUUUUUCUCUAUCCAAUUGUUUUUUUUUUUUUUAAUUCUUCUUCUUCUUCUCUAUGGAUGCGAUCCUUUCCCCAGCCGUGGAGGCGGAACGAAACGCCGACUCAACGAUCGACACAGUUUCUCGUUUGAUCGCCGGCGCUUUCUCCGGCGCACUUACUGGAAUUUUCGCUAUGGCUGGAGCUUUCACUGGAGCUGUAACUGGUGCGGUGGCAGGAAGAGCUGCUCAGUAUGGAGUUCUCCGUGGGGCUGCACUUGGCGCUGUUGCUGGAGCUAUCCUCUCUGUUGAAGUCUUGGAGGCUUCUCGUGCGUACUGGUAUUUAGAGCUGUCAGGAUCAAGGGGUCCAUCAUCUAUGGCAGAUUUUGUAGAGCAACUGUUUCGUGGGAGACUGGUAGAUGAACAACUUAUGUCAACAAUGAUAAAUUCAUACCAUUGGCAGUUAAGGAUUUCCGAUGUAAGUUAUGAAGAGCGGGAUGAUGUUUAUGGUGAAUUGGAAGCUAGAGGCUUGUCGGGUGACUCUUUAAGGAAACUACCAUGCUUUAUCAUGUCAAGUGAAUUGGUCAAGAGGCAGGUCACUCACUGCACAAUUUGUCUGCAGGACAUCAAAACAGGGGAAAUCACACGAAGCUUACCGAGAUGUGAUCAUACGUUUCAUCUGGUUUGUGUUGAUAAAUGGCUCAUCAGACACGGGUCGUGCCCCAUUUGCAGACAGGCCGUUAAAGAUUAAAACACCACUGUUGGCGAGCUGUGUACAUAGCAAAAACACAUUAUCCUUAUAUGUUGUUGUAACUUGCAAGUCUCAAAACCCUUUCUUCUGUAUUUUUUCCUCAUUUCAUUUGGAGCGCUUCAGCCAUAGGUUUCUACUUUUGAAUGUAUAUUGUUGUACACAUGAAUAAGAACACCUACAGAUGUAUUGGAAAGAAUAUAGAACGCGAUCAAGUCAUGAAUUGAUACACUGUUAAUUCUAAUA